AUGGCUGCAGCGCUGGCCCUGAGGGUGGUCGCGGGGUUGGCUGCUGCUGCGCUAGCCGCGAUGCUCUUGGAACACUACGGCCUGGCCGGCCAGCCCUCGGCGCUGCCCCACCCCGCGCCCCACCGGAGGCCGCACCCAGCGCCCGGACCCGGAGACGGCAACAUCUUUUGGGGCCUGCAGAUAUCCGACAUUCACCUGAGCAGGUUUCGAGAUCCAGGCAGAGCGGUAGACUUAGAGAAGUUCUGUUCUGAAACUAUUGACAUCAUUCAACCAGCUCUCGUCCUAGCAACAGGAGACCUGACAGAUGCCAAAACAAAGGAACAGUGGGGAUCCAGGCAGCAUGAGGUAGAAUGGCAAACUUACCAGAGUAUUCUGAAGAAGACAAAGGUCGUGGAAAAAACCAAGUGGCUGGAUAUCAAAGGAAAUCAUGAUGCAUACAAUAUUCCAAGUCUGGACAGCGACAAGAAUUAUUACAGGAAAUAUUCUGCUGUACGUAGGGAUGGCUCUUUCCAUUAUAUCCACAGUACUCCCUUUGGCAACUAUUCUUUCAUCUAUGUGGAUGCCACCAUAAAUCCAGGGCCUAAGAGACCCUAUAAUUUCUUUGGAAUUUUAGAUAAGAAAAGAAUGGAGGAGCUCUUAUCAUUGGCCAAGGAAAGUAGUCAGAGCAACCACACGAUUUGGUUUGGACACUUUACAACAUCCACUAUACUUUCUCCACCACCAGGAAUCCGGUCAAUAAUGAGUUUGGCUACAGCUUAUAUGUGUGGGCAUCUCCAUACACUUGGUGGACUGAUGCCUGUUUUGCACACUCGUCACUUCCAGGGCACUUUGGAACUUGAGGUGGGAGACUGGAAGGAUAAUAGAAGGUACCGGAUCUUUGCUUUUGAUCAUGACCUCUUUAGCUUUGCAGAUUUGACCUUUGGCGAGUGGCCUGUAGUUCUUAUCACCAAUCCUAAAUCACUCCUCUACAGUUGUGCUAAACGUGAACCACUAGAAAGACUUUUUCACUCAACACAUAUCAGAGUCUUGGCCUUUUCCUUAUCCUCCAUUGCUUCUGUCACAGUUAAGAUUGAUGGAGUUCAGUUAGGGCAGGCUAUUCAUUUGUCUGGUCCUAUUUUCAUCCUGAAGUGGAACCCUAGAAACUACAGUAAUGGGACACAUAACAUAGAAGUAAUCGUUCAGGCCCGGGUCCUUUUUGUGCUGAUUGUGCUGAUCCAGCUCACCAUUCUUUUUAUUUUUAGAUAUCAAGGAUGCUCAGAGCUUAAAGAACCUUCAGGAUUUGUAAAUCUGACUUCAUUUUCCCUUCACGUCUUGAGCAAAAUAAACACCUUCUACUAUUCUGUGUUGUUGCUGACCCUAUAUACAGUGCUGGGACCAUGGUUUUUUGGUGAAAUCAUUGAUGGUAAAUUGGGUUGCUGCUUUUCCUUUGGGAUAUUUGUUAAUGGACAUUUCCUACAAGGCAGCCUAACAUUUAUAGCUGGAAUUCUCCAGCUGGCAUUUUUUAACAUCCCCUUGAUGGCUUACCUGUGUUGGAGCUUGUUGCAUCGGUGCUUUGGUCACAACUUCAGGUCUCAUCUCCGUCAAGGAAAAUACUUGAAAACUAUACCUGUUCACCUGCUUAUGCUACUGCUGUACAUCUGGCAGGUGCAUUCCUGCUACUUUCUUUAUAUAACAUAUGGCACCAGGAUCACCCUGAGAAAGCUGGUACGAGGCGCCACUCUGGACAUUGUGGAUGGCAUGGCUCAGCUCCUGGAAGUACUUUUCGUCAACCCAGCUCAGAGUGCUUCUGAUUUUUCACUCAUAGAUAACAAAGCUGCAGCCCUUUUAAUGCUGACAAAGAGUGUGGAUCUUGUGAAGGACGCACAUGAAGAAGUGGAGCAGGUGAGGGAACCUGUGUCUUUGCUGGUCAUUGGAAGGCAGCUCCAUAACGAGCAGAUGAGAAUUGAGUAUAAAGAGAGAUUUCCUGAGCAUUGA